CAGUCGUCAUCUGACCAUAUUUUGGUAUUUGUACUGCGCGCGCCGUCGUCAAGUGACGUUCCCGUUCUCUUGUUAAAUCAGCCUAAUGUUUUACUACAACAACUAAACAGUAGCUACCAGUGUGCCUCGCUGGGGCCCUGGGCACUAGAGAGUAGCUCAUCACCGGAGCCAUGCGUAUGGGCUCCUUAUCAUUAUCUUUCCCUUCUCUCCUCGUGGAGAAUGGGGCCAUCAAUCGAUAUCCGUCUCCUCCAAGCAACUCGGUCUUUUGCCGCCACCUCUGCCUCUCCAUUCUUUGAAUCCGGGAUGUUAGUGACCUUCAUCGGCCAGUAAACUUUCAGGAUUCUCCUCACGCAUUUGUGCUGGAAAACGUCUAGCUUGGAUUCGUCCUCUUUGGUGGGAGAGUACUUUUUAAUUGGGAAUCCUUUCCUAAUGAAAUGACCGAUUACAAAAUUUUAUUUCUAGGCAAUUUUCACAUUAGAUAGCCUCGGCCACGCAGAUGAUCUUUGGGUUCGCCCCGCAAUCUUUCUGCACGUUAGACAGUAUGCUUAUACUGACCACCUCGCCAAUGUAACUUACUUAUCAAAGUCAACGUAUCGCGUCACGCAACGCUUCUCCCGAUAUUGCGUCGACCUACAUAUGAUCCUUUUGGCUCGACACCCACUCUAACGACUCUAACCUAAUUACGCGUACCACUGCGUCGAUGGCUUUAUAGUAUAGUAAGAAAGAAGAAAGGGAAACUUCUGGGAUCAGGGGAAUGUAUGACGGCUUGGAAUCGCAUAGUCUAUUGGGGUCGUUGCGUGACGACCUUAAUCGCACAGAUCCACGGGAUGAUAUUGUCAGUCAGGAGCCUGGGCUCCAGGGAAACAAUUAGGUUGGUUUCCGCUCUGGAAAUGCCAUGAGCUUCUGGGAAUUUGUAGAGAAACCCUCGGCGCAAGAAAUGGCCAAGAUCCAAGAUAGAGGACUUGGUGGAGGGCCCAAUAGUUUUUCUACAAUGUUUUGUAAUGUUGAUGGAGCCCUUAACUCAUUGAGUACAUCGAAAGAUGGAUCACAAGUUGUAGUCGCUGGUAGGAAUGUUUUUAAGGUCAUUGCAAUUGAAGAGUCUGGAUUUGUUGAGAAAACUAAUUUACGUGUAGGAAGAAUAAAUUUGAACUUCAGUAUUACUGAUGUGCAAUGGCAUCCAGUUGAUGAUCACAUUUUGGCAACUGCAGCUGGUAAUGGGGCUGUUGUUCUUUGGAAUUUGAAUAAAAUCACCAAACAGAAGCAAGAACUGGUAUUCACAGAACACAAGAGAACAGUCAACAGGAUUCAGUUUCACCCAUUUGAGAAAGAUCUUCUUUUGAGUGGCUCUCAAGAUGGAACAAUGAAAUUUUUUGACUUGCGAAAACAAAGCAUUGUAUCAACAUUCCAUGGAAAAGCUGAAAGUAUCCGGGAUGUUCAGUUCAGCCCAUUUGAUGCACAGAGGUUUGCUGCUGCAUGUGAGAAUGGAAAUAUCCAGUUGUGGGAUAGCCGUCAACCAAACUAUCCUAUAAACUCAUUCAUGGGGCACAAUGGACCGACAUUUGCCAUUGACUGGCAUCAUGAAGAGAGGAAUUGGGUAGCGUCUGCUGGCAGAGACAAAAUGAUUAAGGUGUGGGAUGUGCAUGGCAGGACCAGUCUUGUAAACACAAUUCAAACAAUAGCAGCUGUUGCUCGUAUUAAGUGGAGGCCACAAAGAAAAUUCCAGAUAGCAAGUUGUUCUCUUCUUGUGGAUUUUGAUAUCCAUGUUUGGGACAUCAGAAGACCUUACAUACCGUAUGCAUCGUUUUGUGAACAUAAGGAUGUUGUAACAGGUAUCCAUUGGAGACAAUCACUCCGCAACAAAGACCCGUUUGUAUUCUUGUCAUGCGCUAAAGACUCCAUGCUCUAUCAGCAUGUCUUCAGUGAUGCUCAGCUUCCCGCUGAUCACGCUCCUAGAGUUGGGCUGUCAGUCAAUGUCAAUGGUGACAUCAGUGUUGCGUCGAGUGACCAGUUGUCAAAGAGGUUUCCUUCACAAAAUACGAUACACACGAGACCGCGUGGUGGUAACAGUCUUCUCAUGUUACCAAACAGCAGCUUAAUCUCUCAUCGCAAGUUCCAAGACAUGGCUGACAAUGUGUCUGAAGUCAAGAGCACACUUUUUGUUCACGAAAAUGGCAAGUCUACGAAGGAAGAUUGGUUUGGAAUUCUUGCCAAGAGCUAUCAGCUGACGGGGCGAAGCUAUUCAGAUCUCUGCGAGCACAACUGCAGUGUAGCGACUAGGCUUAUGAUGCAUGAGCAUGCGCAGACCUGGUCCGUCUUGAAGACUCUUUAUAGCAGCCCAGGGGGAUCUGGAACUACAGUUUCAACACUUGGACCCAGUACUAAGACUGCUCUUGCAGCAGGGAGUCAUGGCAGUGGCGGAGGCCUGAGCACGACAGGGAAUCCUGAACCAACUGCUGGAGGUGUAAGUACGCAAAGUAACGUACAAACCACAUCAGCAAAUCCCAAAUCAUCAGGUGAGCCAGCAGUAGGACAAAACACCGGGCCAGCGCAUGAAACGCAAGACGAGAAUGAUGAAUCAUCGUCCACAAGCAGUGAAGGCCAAAAUCCAAAGUUGAUGAAUUUUAGCAAUCGAGAGUUUAUGUUCAAUGAAGAUCAAGACGAUGUGCAGUUCUUUUAUGAUGACACAGUCCCCCUCAGAGACGCGCCACAAGACUGGAAACUACCCAGCGAAGCAUUUGAGCCCAGGGCUGCACUUCAUGACAGACCUACUUCUCCAUCACUUGAUCAGGACACAGACAGGCCAGAGUCACCCACCAGCAAUAUCGAGUCUGAAACAGCAAGUGCCACGAAUGCCAAGUCGCUAAUUGAUUCAAGUAUUGAAUAUCAAGUUCCUGAUGUUUCUACCACCAAAAGUUUGCCUCUCCCAGAGUGGGAUUUUACGACAUUGGUGGUUGAAAUGCUUCAUCAUUUAGCGGACAAGGGAGACGUACAAAUGUGUGUAUCAGCAUUGAUAGUACUUGGGGAUAAAAUUCGUCACAAAAUAGACGAGCAAAUUCAAGAGCAGUGGCUUAUGUCGUACAUCGAUUUACUGGGCCGUCUUCAGUUGUGGUCAGUGGCCACUCAGAUCAUCAAAUUAUCCAGUCUUCCGGCAGUGAGCUCAUUAAAUCAGGCGUCUACCACAGUGUAUACAUCAUGUGGACGGUGUUCCAAACCGCUGACCAAGUCCGGCUGGUAUUGUGAAAGAUGUCGGAGUCUUGUGUUGCCAUGCUCUUUGUGCCAUCUGAUGGUGAAAGGUCCUAACGUGUGGUGCCAAGCCUGUGGUCAUGGUGGCCAUCUUGUUCACAUGCAGGAGUGGUUUUCAAAGUACAUUUGGUGUCCCGCGGGCUGUGGCCACAUUUGCGAGUUCACGUGACAAGAAGGAAGCAAACACGUGAUAAGGAUGUGACGAGACGCGUGACCAGUUGGAGUCACGUGAUCAAACGCACAAGGAAAUCGACUCCGAGCGGAUGGCUCUGUUUUUUCCGUGAAAUCAGUGACAUCAUGAGUGCAGACGAACAGAGAGGGAACUGUUAAAGACCUGAAAUGCUUGAUACUGAAAAUAAUUUUCAGUUCUAAUCUGCUUUGUUACAAUGGGAAGUGCUAUCUCGGAUUACAAGACACGAUUCCUUAAUAGUUUGGGUGCGCAGGAAUUAUUGACGGCUAUAAAAAGAAAACCGGAAAACUUAGCUACAGUUCUAGCAUUUUUAUAACUGAUGAUUCUGAAGAAACUGAAAAAUGGCAGAUUACGUUGGCUUCGAAAGUUCUUACGUCAACUAAGAUAACAACCACGUUUUUACAACGGACGCUGUCGUGUUGGCUUCCCAAACAAACCCACACACGCUAGCGCGCUGCGUUGGUGCUCAGUCUUCUGAAGGCCCUAGGUCAAGGAAUUCCUAGCUUAUUUCCCACAUAUUAUCAUUUUGACGUAAAAGUGCUCAACGCGUAAGGAACUGCUGUUACACCUUGAUAAACUAAACCAUGGUUGUCUCUGGGGUAACUAUCAUUACGACACGAGUCAGAAAGGAAGAGACUGCGUUUUCAACACGCCAAAAAUAUAGGUGAAAACCACGUUACUGUAAAUAUUUUUGUUAAUUAGCAAAUAAAACAUUCGUCAAAGUUUUUCGUAGCAAUGUUCUUGUAAAGAAUAUUGUUGUACAGGACGUUCCUCGGUUGAAGUUUACUCCAGUAGCUAGAGCGGGUUUAAUUUGGGUGUCGAAAAGAAAUUGGUUUUGCAUUACUAUGCAACUCGCGCCACUUUUUCAUCCAAUCAGAAGUAAAACCAAGUCCAAUCGUCUCUCUCUCGCGCUCGUUUUCUCACGCUUUGCGUGAGCUACAUGUAAUUACUCCGAGGUUUGAUUGGUUCACUGGAUUGUCCAUGUCCUUUGUGCAUGGUUAGAGUAAUUACUUUGGUUUUGGUUUAACGACACCCAUUGAAAACCGUUCUAUUUGAUCCGGGUUACUGACAUCAAUCAAUGUGAAAUCAGCGGAGUCCCUGUGCCCAAAUUGGAUCCCAGGUCUUCUCGUGUAUUGAAGUUAAGAUGGCGGCAAGGGAAGUUGACGAAACAACAACACAAAACAAUAUUAAUAGAAAGAUUGAUGACCUCUUUAUUUAUUUGUUUCUAUCUAAUAGCACAAAAUAGUUAUUUUUAUCUGUAUCGGAGCUAUGCAAUGUUACAAAACAUUUUAAUCACAAACAUUCCACAUUUUAUACAAUCAACGAUGUGGAUAUGCCGAAGACUUCAAUUUCAUUGAAAAGAAAAAUGUAAACAAAAUAAUUCUCUUUAUCCAACGCUUUACAGUGGUAGCAAAAUUAAUCACAAAUAUUAUUUCUCAAUUCAGUCAUACAAAAGCUGCGAUACUUUUACCUACAUACGUCAUAAAUUUUCAUUCAGUGAUAUAUAGCGAUACAGUGUAUGUACCAGGUAUAAACUUUCCUCACAAAUGAAAACUGGCUCAACAAACUCGUCUAUGACAUUUCAAGGAAAACAAACAAAGCUGCCUUCUACACUCCUUCGCAGUUUUCUUUUCCUUUCCGGCCAUAUCAUUUCUCUUCAGUUAAUAAAGCCCUGUUCAUUCUUGCAAAUAAUAUAAAUAAAUUCUUAACUGGU